GGCGGUGUAUUUGGGACGCGGCCCAUGUCCAACCCUCUACCCACGUCCUCCACACGCACGAUCAGUCAGAUCCUAAGAUGGCUUCACAGACGCUACUUCGCGCUGCGCUGCUGGUCGUGUUGUCCGUCAUCCUCACGCUCCUGCUGGCCUUCGCGCUGCCCGCAGCUCUCACGGGGCUCGCGCACUGUGCGGGUUUCUCAGAGGACGCCGGGGCCACGCACUGUCUCGCGCUGCUCUACGCGCUGUUCGUCCUGUGCGUGGCGAUGCCCAGGAUCCCGCGUGGGUCUGUCUCGGUUGAGGGGAAGGCCGUGUUCGUUACUGGAUGUGACAGCGGGUUUGGACACGCUUUAGCCAAACACCUUCAUAAACUAGGCUUCACCGUGUUUGCUGGAUGCUACUUGAAGGAUCAGGAUGGCGAAGGGGCAAUGGAGCUGGAGAACAUGCACUCUGACAGACUGAAGGUGGUGCAGCUGGAUGUGUGCAGUGACGAGCAAGUCUCUAAUGCGAUGGACUUCAUCAGGGCUAACCUGGAGAACCCAGAGAAAGGUCUAUGGGCCGUGGUGAACAACGCCGGGGUCUCUAAUUUCGGGGAGGUGGAAUUCACGUCCAUGGAUACGUACAAGAAUGUGUCAGAGGUCAACCUGUGGGGAACCAUCCGAGUGACCAAAGCCGUUCUGCCUCUGAUCCGCAGAGCCAAAGGACGUGUGGUGAACAUAGCCAGCAUGUACGGCCGGAUGGGAAACGUUCUGCGCUCUCCAUACUGUGUCUCUAAAUACGGCGUGGAGGCCUUCUCCGACUGCCUCAGGUACGAGAUGAAGGCGUGGGGAGUCAAAGUGGCUGUCGUCGAGCCGGGGAACUUCAUCGUGGCUACGGGGAUCCUGACGCGUGACAUCGUGGCCUCGACGGCAGAGAAGCUGUGGAAGGAGGCGUCUGCUGAUGUACAGGAGGACUACGGGAAGACCCACUUCGAGCAAUACAUGGCCCUGAUGCGCUCCUACUGCAACAGCGGCCAGCGCGACAUCACGCCCGUUCUGGACGACAUCACCGAUGCCAUCGUGUCCAAACGGCCAUUCACGCGCUACAACCCCACGGAGCCGUACUGGUGGAUUCGCAUGCAGGUCAUGAAUCAUCUCCCAGGAGCCAUUUCAGACCGUCUGUAUUUCUGAAGCGUUUCCAUUCCUCUCUCUAUAUAUUGUGUGUUCAUUAGCACACCAUUCUUAUACUUCAUCCUUAACACAGUUAUAUAACAACCCGGUGACGUUCCUGCUGAGUUCUGUAUGUAAGCUCAGACAGUUCUGGCCAUUCGCAUAAUGACAUCUGAUCAAUUAUCACUCCAGUGCACUCCAGUUUGUUUUUUUUUUUUAAACUCGUUCCACCCUGAUCUAUAACGCGUGUCAGAUUAUCAUGGACCAGAAACUUGACAAGUUGAUCUCCCGAGUAUUACAAACAGAAAAGCAGCCGGAUCGCAAGUAUAUAAAAUCCUUAGUCCAAGAGAAACUAGUACAGGAAAAGAAAAGACUUUACAUAUCUCAGGGGAAGCUCAUGACAGCCUUCACACAAGUCUGUGUGAGACACUAGCUGUUGUAGGACAGAGCUGACUCUAUGGGGGCGGGGAUUGGAUGACGAAUAAAUUUGAAUAAUUUGAAUAAAAUAAAUAAGAACCUGGGUUGACUGGUCCUACUGGGUUAAAAUCUCAGACACAAAAUUGUUCACUUGCUGGUCAUAAAGACAAUUCUUAAUGAAAUCUUACAAUCGUUCAAUCGCACGCUUUUGAGAUACGUGUGGAUUCUCUGUGGAGAAUCUCAGACUGCAAACCUGAACACGUUUUAAAAAAUAACGUCUUUGUUUCUCGUUUUUUUGCUUGUGGACGGG